ACAUGAUGGGAAGUAAACUCAGCGCAGCGGCCAGCGUUUUUUUUUGUAUUCGGGUUUAGCUUUGCGUGUCUUAUGAAGCGUCGUCGAAAGAUUGCGUGACAGAUGGGGCUUUUGUGUGUGAAAUACGACUCGCUACCAACAUGACCUCCGGCGUCAUGCGUCGAGCGGUGCGUGCGGUGGGAGUUGUCUGCUGAAAAUGCAUUGUUGUGUUGGGGGGGUGGAAGAGCCGCCCGGGUUUGCUGCUGCUGCUGCUGCUGCGCUUCACUCCGGCUCGAUCGGCGCCGAGCGAUUCUUACGAUUAUGUAUGGCCCUUUAAAACGUCAAACUAGCGCGGAGCUUAUCGCCGGGAAUCGAACAAGAUCCCAAGUACAUUUAUGUCCGUAUUAGCAUUUUGAAUUAAGACGCUGUUUUGGAUGAGAACUCGAUGUACGAAAACCGAGCCACUUAGCAGGCCGUGCGUCCAUUGCUUUGUAAGCCUUGCUGGCGAGCUAACACUGUAUCACAAGCUCAGAAACGCAGAGCAACGAGAUGAAGAAGAAAGCCCGGAACCACCGCGUCUCGACUGCGGCGAGGCCUCCCUCGCCCAUCAAGCCUUCGCCCAACAAACAGAUCCUGACGUACGCCCAGGCGCAGCGCAUGGUGGAGUUUGAAAUCGACGGCCACAUCCAUCGGCUCAGCGUCUUCGACCGCCUGGCCGUGAUCUCGGACGGCGACCCGGCGUGGCGGGAGAUGCUGGAGAGCGCCAACAACAAGGAGAACGCCGACAAACCGCAGCAGCAGCAGGUCCUGUUGAGGUCGCUCCGAUUAAAAAACAAUCGGGAGAAGAGAAAGGCCGCGCUGGGCGUCGCGGCGAAGAAAGGAGGAGGCGGCGGAGGCGGCGGCGGACAUCCCGUCGCUUCGAAUCCCGGUCCAAAACUUCCAGAGCCCAAAUUUCGCACCGUGGAAUAUAACCUGCCCGCCGUUCCUAAACGUCAUUCUUCUUAUUACAAAUAUGAGGAGAAGACCGAGGAAGAGCUGGACGAGGAAACGGAGUACGACAUGGACGAGGAAGAUUACGCCUGGCUCGAUUUGGUCAACGAAAAGCGUCGAAGUGAAGGCGUCAGCCAGGUCUCCUUCAACGUCUUUGAGUUCCUCGUCGACCGCUUUGAGAAAGAGUUGUACCUGGAGGGCUUGGAUAAAGGCAGCGAGAAGCUGGCGUCGGUCGACGGGGACACGGUCUGCUGCAUCUGCAUGGACGGCGAGUGUCCCAACGGCAACGCCAUCCUCUUGUGCGACGCGUGCGACGUGGCCGUGCACCAGGAGUGUUACGGCGUGCCCUACGUCCCCGAGGGCCAGUGGCUUUGCCGACACUGCCUGCAGUCGCCGGCGCGGCCCGCCGACUGCAUCCUGUGCCCCAGUAAGGGCGGGGCGGUGAAAAAAACGGAGGACGGGCGCUGGGGUCACGUGGUGUGCGCCCUGUGGGUCCCCGAGGUGGGUUUCUCCAACGCCACCUUCAUCGAGCCCAUCGACGGCGUGCGCCACAUCCCGCCGGCCCGCUGGAAGCUCACCUGCUACCUGUGCAAAGAAAAGGGCGUCGGCGUGUGCAUCCAGUGCCACAAAGCCAACUGCUACACCGCCUUCCACGUCAGCUGCGCCCAGAAGGCCGGCCUCUUCAUGAAGAUGGAGCCCGUCAAGGACCUGACCGAGUCGGGCCAGCCCACCCUGUCGCUGAAGAAGACCGCCUACUGCGGCGCGCACACGCCCAACGGCUGCGUGAGGAGGAAGCUGGCCAUUUACGACCAGGCCGAAGCCAAGAACGGACUGCGGAGCAAAACGGACAAGGGCAAGGGAGGAGCCGCGCGAUGUAAAGGGAAGCAUAAGAAAAAGACCAAGAAGCCCGAAUCGGAUGUCGAAAGUCGGCCGCCGUCUCCCGCUGCUGUGCCGGCGUUUCCUUCCCACAGGUUGCAAACCAUCCUGAACCAGGUGUCUGUCCAGAAAAAGAAGGCCUUCGUGGAGCUGGUCCUCAAUUACUGGACUCUUAAACGGCAAUCCAGGAACGGGCUCCCGCUGAUCCGACGCCUGCAUACAAACCAGCAAUCACAUAAGAAUGCGCAGCCGGUUUGUUCAUCAAAGCAAAACGAGGAGGAAACGCGGGCGCUGAAGGAGCAGCUGAAGGAGCGGCACCGGCUGCGGCACGACCUGGAGCGAGCCCGGCUGCUGCUGGAGCUCAUUCGCAAGAGGGAGAAGCUCAAGAGGGAGGAGUUAAAGUUCCAAGAAAGCCUGCUGGAGAUGCAGCUGACUCCAUUCAGCAUCCUGCUCAGAGCCGUCUUGGACCAGUUGCUGACCAAAGACCAGGCCAGGAUCUUCACCCAGCCAGUCGACGUCAACGAGGUGCCCGACUACCUGGACCACAUCAAGCGUCCCAUGGACUUCUCCACCAUGCGGCAGCGCCUGGACGCCCAGAAAUACAGCAACUUUGAGCAGUUCGAGGAGGACUUUGACCUCAUCGUCGACAACUGCAUGAAGUACAACUCCAAGGACACCUACUUCUACCGCGCCGCCGUUCGCCUCCGAGAUCAGGGCGGCGCGGUGAUUCGGAAGGCGCGGCGGGACGCCGAGAAAAUCGGCUUCGACGCGGCGAGCGGCAUGCACCUGGACCAGGCUCCCCGGUUGAAGAAGUCCUCGUUUUCGUGGGAGGACGUGGAUCGCUUACUGGCGCCCGCUAACCGCAGCCACCUGCCGCUGGACAAGCAGUUGCAGCAACUUCUGGAGAAGUUUGACCUGACCUGCGCCAUGAAAUCCAGCCCGUCGCGCAGCAAACGCAUCAAGCUGCUAAAAAAGACCAUCAAUGACGUGCGCAGCGACAUGAGCCUGAAGAGAGUCCAGCCCUCCCCCCACCACCACCACCACCACCCCCACCACCAUCGCAUCGGCAGCUCGUUCUCCACACCGCCUUCGUCGGCGGAGCUUGCGGCGAAGCUCAAAGAGGAGAGAUGGAAGCCAAAUGGGCAUUUCCCGGAUGACGAGGACAAGUCUCUCCCGCCUAAACUGGAGCCCUCCGACGCCAUCCCCCCUCUGAUCCACUCCGACGCGGACCCCGAGCCCCCGACCCUCAAACCCAUCGACGCCACCCAGGACCGCGACGAUAAAACUCAGGCCGCCAACGGCGUGACGUUCGACGGCGACCCGGCAAACCCGCCGCCGUCCCCGCCGCACCUCAACGGCCACUCCCACCACGACCUCGCCGAUUCGUUAUUCGACGGCGACGUCAGCGUGGUGGCCACUUCGACUCUGGCCGAGCCGGCGGCCGCCGUCAAUCGGCGGACGGCCGUGCUGUUCUGCAAGUCGAAAGCCGGCAGCCCCCGCAAGGCCGCCAAAGGCCGAGACGACGACGACGGCGGCGGCGCUGCGAGCGAACGGAAAGAGAGCGAGGAGCAGGAAGAGGCGGCGAUGGCGGACGACGGCAACGCGCAGCUGGCUUCCAAAUCCUUCCUGUCGGUGGUGAUCCCCAGGCUGGAGACGUUACUUCACAGCAAAAAGAGGAAGCGUCUCGACAGCCACGAGGAGCGCCAAGAGGACGUCGAGUCCCCCGUUAAAAGACUGGACAUGGGGCUGUCGAGAGGUUUCCUGGAGGCGGAAGAGGAGAAGGCGCCGGGCCAGCCCGCCAGAGCUACGGAGCCCCGAAGACGCUGCGCCUCCGAGUCGUCCAUUUCUUCGUGCAGCAGUCUACCCGGAGGCCCCCCCGGGACCGUUCUCAGUCUUCCGAAGUGCGGGAAAGGGAAACCGGCCUUGUUGCGGAGAAACACCGUGGAUGAUAAGAAUGAAUUAAUUGCUUGCAUAGAAAAUGGCAACUUUGCCAAAGCUGCGCGAAUUGCCGCAGAGGUUGGCAACAGCAAUAUUUGGAUGCCCGCUAGUGCUGCAACAGUUGCACUGGAACCCUUAAAGCUAGUUUGGGCCAAAUGUAGUGGCUACCCUUCCUACCCUGCCUUGAUCAUCGACCCCCACAUGCCGCGCGUGGGCUGCCAGCACAACGGGGUGUCCAUCCCCAUGCCCCCCAUGGACGUGCUCCGCAUCGGAGAACAAAUGCAGUACAAAGCCGACGAGAAACUCUACCUCGUGCUCUUCUUCGACACCAAGCGCAGCUGGCAGUGGCUUCCUAGAUCCAAGAUGGUUCCCCUGGGCAUGGACAAGACCAUCGACAAGAUCAAAAUGAUGGAAGGGCGCACGUCCAGCGUCCGCAAGGCGGUCCAGGUGGCCUACAGCCGCGCCAUGAACCACCUGAGCAUCGUGCGGGACGAACCGGUCAGCGACCUGAGCGACGUGGACUGACGGGCUUGUCACCAAUUCGCACCUCUAAGCGUACCUUUUUACGGAGACGGUGACUUUUAGCGGGCCGCCGCCGCGUUUCCCGCUCGUACACACUCCUCAAACGUGCUGCUUGAAUGAAUGUCACCCCCGCCCCCCCCCCCCCCCCACACACACACACACACACACACACAGCCGCCACUCAUUCUCCAGCUGUAAGUUUACUGAAAAGACCGUCGCCUCUGCCCUCACCACCUGGAACGUUUUUUCUCUCAAAACAUUUCAAGAUUAUUUUAGUUUGGCUGUGGAUCACUUUAAAAAAAUUUUUUUUUCCUGCCCACACGUCAGCAACAUUCCUAUCACGGUCACUUUUGCAUUAUGAAAUCAUCUCUAUUUGCAAACACCUGUCUUUGUAUUUAAACUGUAAAUGUGUAAAGUUGCUCAACACUAACUUAUUUGGUAGUUUUGACCGACAUGACUUUGCUCUGUAUUUAUAUUUGGUGCAUUCGUGGCGCUAUGGCGUAACCAAGAAGGGGAGGGAGGGAUGGGGGGUGGGGGGGGGGAAGUGCAAAAAGCCUUAUUGUUAAACAUGUUAGGGCCGAAUCACCUGUGUAUGAAAGUAUUCUUUUUUUUCUGUUUUAAAUUAUUGACCUUGGCCUCUAAUUGGUAUUAAUCAUUUUGUAUGAAAUAGUUUUAGUCUAUUUUUGUUCCAAUACAGUAUAUUUAUAUGGUUUGAAUACAACAUUGUGUCUGAUUUUGUGGACAAAUGAACCAAAAACUUUGCUACUCAGAAUUUUUUUUUUCUUUUGCAGGUUUUCAGUGGGAUGUGUGAAAUAGUUGCCAAGAAAGUACUUUUUAUGCGAUACAUUUGAUGAAAUACGUGCCUGCACUAACUUGCUGUCAUGUAUUUUCAUGACUUUAUAUUCUAGGAAUGACGUGGAAAUUGUCCCAGUGGCACAUUUUGUGAUGGAUUCUUUUCAAUUAUGAUUUUCUAACCUUUUUUUUUUUUUUGUAGCUGUCAGAUUACAGAUGUUUUUUUUUUUUCCUUCUGGGUAGCAUUGGUUAUGCUAAUUUCAUUUUGCAUUUAACCUUUGUUUUUAUUGAAUCAACACAAAAUGCAAAAAAAUAAAGAAAGAAAAUAUACAAAUAUGAA